UAAAUGUUUUAUAUUAAAAAAAAAACAUUUUAUCUCGUUUUCUUAAACUUUACGUGUUAGAUCUAAAUAUGAAAUACUGAUAAACAUAAAACCAAUAGAUGUGUUAAAUUAUACAAACAUUACCCCACACAGGACUGUAUUUCAAAAUGUGUUGGAUUUAAAAUUGGAUAUGAAUUAAUCCGAAAUUAAUCAGAAGAGACUGACCUGUUUCGAAAAUGCUAUAAUGGAAAGUGAGGAACUGGAUUCAGAUCUGUUUACGAAUUGGGUUCGAGGCUCAAAAGGACUAGAAUACUUAGAGGAAGGUCUUCAAGAAUUUGUUGGAGAAAAGGUACUGCAAUGUCGUGAUAAUACCCUUCGAAAUAUAAUAUUGACAUUACCACCUGGAUCACCACAACAGUGCAACCAGUGUACUUCACAUAAUCUUUCUCCAGAUCAUUUCAACACUACAAAGGCAUGUAGCAGACGCACAUGCACCCAAAAGAGUCCGACUAACUGUUUUGGAAGCAGACCUGUAGGGCGUAGGAAAUGCCCUGGUGGCAUUUGUAGUAAAUUCUACGACUCAAUUAUACACGAGCAUGUAUUUGAAGACCCCUUAUGGAAAAACACUGACCCAAGCACGUGGUGUUCGGAUCCUUAUGGGUGGAGUUAUGCAAAAUGUUUCCAAACAACUAAAGGUCCAGGGACAUCAGCUAAAGAUACUGAUGCUGCUGGUCUCUUAAGCAUUAUUUUAAACAACAAGUCAAUGCAAAACUUUGUGACCAGUAUUAAUCCUCAUAACAAUACUAGUUCGUUUCAUUUGGCGCGAGAUAUCCGUAAUAAAAUAUUACAUAGCCCAAAGCUUGAAAUAGACGAAACAACUGUGUGUUCUUAUUUGGACGCGUUCAUUGUAGUUCUUCAAGAUCCAAAGUGUCUGAUUAACGAUGAUGCAUCAAAGAAAGCGGUUUAUAAACUAACACAGUUAAGAAACAACACAAUUCACAUAAACCAAGGAGACACAGUAUCACUUCUUGAGAACAGAAAUAAGGCGUUAACCGAACUUGACGAAAGAACAGCAAAAUCAUUGCGUAAACUUGAUGAGAAAGCAUUAUCUGUACGGAAUGCAUUAAAACUAGAAGUUGAUGAAUUUAAGAAUGCCGCUUUAGUUGAUGUUGGAAACGCUGGGACAUCGGUAAAGCAAACACUUAUGGCAGAUAUUACCACAGCCGGGAAACAGGGAAUACAAGACAUUGCUGGGAAGACUACUGAUAGUAUAUCUAAAAUAAAAACAGCCGGGGAUCAGGCAAUACAAGACAUUGCUGGGAAUACUACUGAUGGUAUAUCUAAAAUAAACACAGCCGGGGAUCAGGCAUUAAAAGACAUUGCCGGGAAUACUACUGAUGGUAUAUCUAAAAUAAACACAGCCGGGGAUCAGGCAUUACAAGACAUUGCUGGGAAUACUACUGAUGGUAUAUCUAAAAUAAACACAGCUGGGGAUCAGGCAAUACAAGACAUUACUGGGAAUACUACUAAUGGUAUAGCUAAAAUAAAUACAGCCGGGGAUCAGGCAAUACAAGACAUUGCUGGGAAUACUACUGAUGGUAUAUCUAAAAUAAACACAGCCGGGGAUCAGGCAAAAGGCGAUAUUGAUAGACAGAAAAUUGAAGCUAUAUCUGAUAUUUGUUAUGCAAAAGACAACGUUCUAUCUGAAAUCAGCAAGGCUGGCAACGAAGUAAAAGUUUUAAUGGGGACUAGCGCUGAUUCGUCUGAUAAGAGCGGACAUGUUGUAACAAAAACAUCAUUUUUCCAAAAAGGUCGUACGAACUUCAGAAAUCUGUUCAGCUGUGCAAGUCCAAAAUCACACUUAAAGGUUCGUUUUCAACACUUCAUAUCAAUUUUUAUAACUUACCUAGUGCUUAUCAAGUACAUUGUCUAUGUGUAGCAAACGUUUCUAGGUACCCUUUUAAUUUUGAUUUUGUUAAUUUGUUUGCUUUGGUUGGGUUGUACGUCGCACACUUGAGUACAAGUCAUAUGGUGACUUUUCAGCUUGAAUGGUGAAAGAGGACCUCAGAUGUCCUUCCGUUUAUCAUUUCAGGCAGGUUAGUAAAACCAUCAACGUUCUGAAAGCUAUCAAAAAAUCCACAGUCCGUAGGUGAAUUCGACCUUAUCUAUGACGGGCAAUUAUUUUAAAAUCAACGAUCAUGAAAAGAGACUAUUGUAAUAGUGAAUAAAUUGAAAAUACAAUACCUCCUAC